AUGUUAUUAAAGAGAGAGAGAGAGAGAGAGAGAGAGAGAGAGAGAGAGAGAGAGAGAGAGAGAGAGAGUUGCAAUGAAAAUCGCAGGAAAAAGGGGGGCGGCAGGUGGGUAAGACAAAGAUGCAGAAGAGAAUCCAAGAGAGAACCUUGA